AUGAGUCUUAUUGAAAAGGUUGGAUUAUCGAAGACCAUUUCGAAUGUUGGACCAUUUUAUCCUCAGUUAAUUAGAAAAUUUAUAGUUAACUUGCCAACUGAUUUUAAUGAUCCUAGUAGCCCAGAUUUUCAGACUAUUCACAUUAGAGGUUUCAAAUUCAAAAUUUCUCCAGCUGUCAUUAAUGGUUUUUUGGGAAACAAUCUUGCUCCUAAUUGCUCUCCGACUGUUCCAUCGAAUGAAGUUUUGGCAUUUAUCUUAUCUGGUGGGAACUUAUCUUCUUGGCCUAUUAAUGGUAUUCUAGUAGUUGCUCUGAGUGUUAAAUAUGAUAUAUUGCAUAAGAUCGACAUUGCAAAUUGGUUUCCUUCUUCCCAUGCUUUUAGUGUGUCUAUUACCUUGGGAGCUUUCUUAUAUCAAAUUUGUAACGACGACAUUGUAGACACGAGAACGUUUAUAUAUAAUCAACUCCUGAGGCAUGUGGAAUCGUUUGGGGUUAAAAUUCCAAUUGCUUUGCCACGGUUCUUCUCUGGUCUUUUACUUCAUUUUAAUGCUGAGGUAUUAAGAGAAUCUAAUGCCCCUGGACCUGCACCUAAGACCUUAUCCCUCAGUUACAGACUAUUUCAAGGGAGUCAUGUGCUUGAUAUAGUUCAUGACAUGCAUCCUUCUCGAGGUCCAUGCAUUUUCAACACAAAUGAUUGGGAGGAGGAUGUUGUUGGGUUCUUUGUUGAUCGGGAGCUAGCUUCCAAAAUUGUUAAUUCUCUUACUACUGAGUCUCGAGCUCUCUCUGCUUUCAUAAAUUUGUUAUCUGAACGCCGGUUGGAAGUUGACUCUCUAAUUCAUCAUUUAAAGACGUUUGCUCCUUUUACCAGUAGGGGGAUCGUGAUCCUGAAUGAUAUUUCUUUAUGGUCCAAAGGGGGAGAAGUGGCAAGGUUAAAUGUUGAAUGUUGGAUGAUGGGUGGUUGA